AUGACUAUAACUUGUGCCUUGUCACCCUUCACUUCCCCCUCUGACUCUGCUGAGCUAGCCAAAUUGCAGUCCAAGUUGGACGCUUUGAGGAAAGUGGAGGAGCUUUGUGAAAAUUAUAAGAAUCUUAAAAAUGCAUCAAAUAAUCCUAAAAACCUUUUAGAGAAUCUUUGCGAUGGUCUUGAGACUUUUCUUGGUUACUCCAAAGACUCCAAAGGCUACGAUGGCAAAGGCAUCGUCUACUCCGACGUUGACAGGCUGUGUGACGGCGUGAUGGGAUUUUUGAGUGGUGUGCUUGAAGCGGUGAAGGAUGAAAAUGAAGUGACAACUUAUGAUACAGAUCCUACAAAAAACAUUAAUACAGUUAUUACAACCUUAAAUAAUAAUAUUGGCUCCGGGCGUGCUGGGCUUGCGGCGUCUGUCGACGCGGUGAAGGGGUGGUUGGAGGGGUAUGAGAUUGAACAUAAUGGUAAACUUGCAAGUAUAACUGGGCCAAUAUACGGACUUAAGACGAAUUUAGAGACAGAAAUUACGAAAUUUAAAAAAAAGGAUCUUAAAGAUCCUCAAAUCAUGAUGAGCGACGAAGAAUAUGGAAAAGCAUUCAACACUAAGAACGUUGAAAGAGUAAUCGAGCACUGCCUAUUGCAAACAAAAACUUGUAUAAAAGAUAUUUUUGAAGACUCAAACUCAGGGUUUCAAGCCUUGGAUCCCGGAUUGCAGAGUAAAAUUAGCGAGCCUUUGAAAAAAAUUAAAAAAGAAUUCGCAAGGUUGCAAGGUUUCUCGGCCAAAGACAGGAUACGUUAUGAGACGAUAAAAAAUACAAUUGAAACAACGCUUGAGGAUCGCAGGAAAAACGUUAAUGAUAAGAUUGAAAAGGAUGUGACUAAGCUGGUCAACGAUUUGAAAGAUUUGAUUCAAAAAAUUCUAACAAAACUUGGUAGAAUAGAUCAUAUGUUGCAAGGUUAUACUCAACAAAUAGUAAUGUGGACGGGCGUAACUAAAAGUGGUAUUCGUGCGACUAUCGGAAGGGUUGAUAAAAUCAUCGAUAAGGGUGUCGGACACAUCCAUCAAGAAAUGAUCAAAGAGAAAUCCGAUGAAUUACGAAAGACGGGUGAAACGUUAUUUUGGAUUUUCGAGAGCACAGAAAAGCAGGUAGUGGAAUUGGUGAAAGAGGCGCAGAACAAGGUUACAGGUUUGGAAGAGGCUAUUAAAGCUGAUUUGUUUGAAAUCAAAAAGCAAGUUCAGACUGGUAUGCAGAAGUAUGUUAACGAUUACGUUAGGAAAGUUCAGGGGGAGGUCAAUAGGAUUACGCAUCCAAUCACAGGCUUACAAAAAAUAGAACACGCAGUUAAGGCCUGGGCCAAGACCUUUAGUGGGACGCGUGCUUUCGACAACAAAGUGAAAGAGUGGAUACUCCAUAUUUUGAAAGAUAAUGAUUUUGUUAGAGAGAAAUUAGAGACGUAUGCUAAGAAGGUUGCCCAGCUUAAGCAGGGUAAGUUCAUAAAUACGGAAUAUACGCAAAAAGAAGGUGAACAAAAUUCGCAAUUUCAUAAUGAUAUUGCUGAAGUUGUCAACAGAAUACUCAGUAAAGAAAUCGCGGAAAUUGGUGAGGAGCUCAAAACCAGCAUAGAAGCCGUCGAUAAUAACCGUGACUCAAUAAACAAGAUCGAAGGAUAUAUAGCCGCUGUUUUGUUCGGCUGCGAACAGUUUGCCGGAUCAAUUGAGGUGAAUAUUAAUAGUAAAGGCAUUGUCGGCGCUGACAGAAUGUCCACGGGCAUUGUUAAGUUGGCCAAGGAAAUAGCAAGAGAAAUUGAGAGACACUGCUUGGCAAAACCUGGAAUAUCUGUGAGCGAAGAUCCUGACACGACUCUCGAAACCGCCGUUCAACGCAUCCUUCAUAAUCUCCUAGCUGUGGCUAGCCAGAAAGCUGUAGAUCUCGCAUGGCUCACUGGAAAUAACGACAAAAAUGGAAACAUCGGUAAAGUGGACGCGUCGCUUGAUGUUGCUCUUAAGCUGAAUGCUGGACUUACAACGGCACUUGCCAAUAAAGGCGACUACGGGUACGAAUCCACCUAUUUCGACCCCUAUGCCAAAACGGCAAUCGCUCUGAAGCACAAUAUUCAACUUACAAUUGGCGAGGCACUGGAUAAGAAGAUUGGCAGCAACUCAACAAUUCGUGGCAACGAAAGUAAAAUAGAAAACCUUGAGAACCUUCCGUUUUCCUUUAACAAGGGCGGUGCCGGCAGAUCAGACGCAAAAACAGAGCUCCGUCAAGCGAUUACAGCACUAGGUAACCACGUGUCCGAAACUUAUAAUAACUAUCUUAAGGAUAUAUACGUGAAAAGUAAAGCUGCUCUUGAAAGCGGUGCGAAGAUCGAAGAAGGGACCUUACACAUUCUGUUCCAGCAGAUCACGGAUAAUCUAGAAACUUUAAUAAAGAUAUUUGCCGACGAAGGCGGACAUAUCCGUUCGGAUUUGACAAAUCUCACACAAAUAAGCAUUGACACAAAACUUAAAGCAAUUACAACGAGACUUGAAAGUCUCCGAAUUAAGGAAUUGAAGGACGUAAUGCACGACGCUGGAAGAUUUAUCAGUGAAGGUGCCGACAAGUUUGGUGGGCAAACAAUUCUCUCUCUCACCAAUUAUGUGAACAGUGCAAUCAAACAAGCAACUGAAACCAUAAUCGCCCAGGCCGAGAAGCAGUACAUCGACUCUCGCAUCCACGGCAUGAGCAUUCUUAACAACGCGGUUGAGAAGCAGUACGAGAAAAUUGAAGGGCUAAUUGACCUAGACGGUUUAACAGGAGUAAAAGGAUUUUUGAAAUUAUUUAAUAAAGUAUUUGUUAAUAAAGUGAAGAAUGUCAAUACGUCCACCGCUAAACUGAAAGAAGGCUGUGAAAAAGUAUUUGUUAGCUUUGAGGAAUUCUUCGAACGAUUCGAAAACCAACGGAAAGACGUACAAGACUUUGCUACUUAUAUCCCUAAAGACGCCAUGUUCCCUGAGCGUUCUACGUACAAUACUUUGUAUGACGCCGUUACAAUUCUGCUCGCCGGAAUCAUAGACUCCAAUCACUUCGACCACAAAUUCACCGAUAACCUCCGUUCCCUCACCUCCGCCCUGUCCGCCUUCACUCCCACAAAAUUCGGCGAAAGUUCCAGUCCCAUCCUCCAGGCGUUCAAGGACGGCAUCAGCGGUUUGGCAAGGGAACUUGGGAAGGCGUACGUGAACAAGUAUGAAGGAGGCUCAGACGGUAUGAUAUUGGUCGACGCAAGAACGGAGAGCUUAACCGACGACGCUAACCGCUGCGCUAAAGUGUUUUUAAGCGCGCUUCCUACGUUGUUCGGAAACUUAAAGCACCUCGGCAGUAAGUGUGAUAGAGAUUGCAAAGAUGAUAAAAUUAACGAAUACACGGAACUUGGUGAUAUUCUGAAAAACUGCGGUUUCGUUGUUGCUACGACAGAGAAGAUACAAGACGGUCAGUUGAGGAAUAUAGAAAAGUGCAACGGUAGCUGGAUUGUUACAAAACUCGUAGCUGAAAAUUUGUCCCCAACUUACAACUUUAGAUUGAUAGAUGUUGCUUCCGAAAUUUACACAUAUCUUGAGACGUACAAUGAAGUCUGCCUCAUAUCUACUUUCUCCGCACGUCGGCGUCCAUGCUCCGUUUAUGAGAUGUUGAUUUGGCUAUCCGGUUUACAGUACACCACGGCGUAUCAGACGAUGCGUGACCAAACCAUUUCUGAUUUCUUCGAUGAUUCGGAUAAGAAGGUCACUGAAGGGGAAAGCGCCACGGAGAUAACCUCUGUCGUUCUAGAAGCGCACCCGAGAGGCAUCACGUAUAAUGAGGUACUGUCAGCAAUAGAGCAUAUUACGUCAACGUCAUAUGAUGUGUUAACCACCAUCGUCGGCAACGGGGAUGCGGACACCAUGUACGCCUGUGACUAUGCCAAUAACAAGCUGAAUUUCCACUACCCUCCAAGCGGCGAAGAUUGCCUAGGUAUGUUCAUCGACAUCCUUCGUAGAUUGUUCCCCGUGUUCAGAUUCAUGGAAAGUCAGUGCAAGACGAGUACUAAAUAUUACGGUUGGAGCGACUGCAAUUAUGGCAAAGCCAUCCAGCCUGCCAACUGGCAAUGUGAUAAGCAUCUCACUGACAAAGAAUCCGACUGCCUGCCGAAAUCGCCGCUGAUGUCGUACUUAAGUGACACACUACCCGGCCAUUUACCACAUCACGUUACUGCAAUCGGCUGCAAAACAGUAUGCAGCAACUGCCCCCAAAAGCAACCUGGGCAGCCGUGUUUGACGCCCCUUGGCUUUAGGGGUUUCUCAGGUAGUACGAAGACAGGCAAAGAGCUAGGCAACGUGCUGACCAAAUUCCUCGGUGAGCCGUAUACUUCAUGCCUCUUUUCUCUGUUACCUACACCACCGUCCACGCUGCCGGAACACUUCCAGUUUGCCUUGCGCUUAGUGAAAGCCUGGAAUAGCAACGGCAAUCAUUCCGUGAUCGCUUGGUUAAACGAUUGCAUUACCAAACAAUCGAUUGAAUUGUACACCACGCAUCAAACGCUGAGGAAUGCGCUAUGCGAUGCGUAUGGCAGCGCGCAGAGUGCUCAUGAUUCUAAGCAUAGUGAAGCUGGAAAAGUGGAGUUGUUGAGUUUAUCGAAAAUGAACCCCUGUACGGGAGCAAAUAACUGCGCUCCAUACCUCUCUUCAACUUCUUGCGAUGCGUACUAUUACCUAAGUAAAAGACAUGCCAACUUAUACCUGUCAUGGGCCAUCUAUUUGCCAUGGACGCUGUACAAUUACCUGAAAUCGUUGUUUGAAGUUUUUCAGCAGAUCGAUUGUGGGAGUUCCGGUUGCACUAAAUGUCUAUGCAAACCAGGAAAGCACGGCGUGGAAUUCAAUUGCAAGUGCAAGUCAUUAGUGGGCUGUCGUGGCGUUCUUCCGACGUUUUACCAAUAUGGUUUUACAUUCGGUAACAGCAAAGUAUUACAUGUUACAGAAAGGAAAUAUUGCCGCAGUUUCUAUACGCAAUUGCAAAACCUCCUAAAAUCAAAAUGCUUCGAAACGUUAUUUACUGAAUGCGACGAAUUCAUAUUCACAAUCAGAGCCCCCUUCAUCUGGCUCAACGUCGCGCUCUGGUCGCUGUCCCUUUUCUACCUCAUCUGCGUCAUGGUUGGCAGGCUGGAUGUGCUCCACAUACGCUCACACCUGAGAAUACCGUCGUCGCACAAUAUUACAGCGCAGUCAUUGUUGGCAGCAGCGCAAGUCGGAAGGCUUGCCAAAAUAUCGUACCUGCAACCGUAA